AUGCUCAAAUUUCAAAAAAAGAAUAAAAACUUAACUUAAACCUGCUUUAAAAAAGUAUACGGUAGCAUGGACUUAUUCGGAUAGCCUCCUGCCUUUAAAAUUUUGAAACAAGAAAAAUUUACUACAUCAUUAGGAUUUUUGUUCACCGUUGGUAUAUCAGUUGUGUGUAUUCUUUAUACAAUUACAUAAUUGGAAGAUCUAUACUCAAAAACAGGCCCUAGAGUAACAAUGUCUGAAGAAUAAGUUGUGGACACAAGUGUAAUUAUUGAAUAUAUGUCAGGCAUACUCUUUGGAAAUGAAAAACUAUACAAUAGGAAUUACAAUGACUAAUUUAUCAUUAGGAUCUCUUUAAACAUUAGGAACUCAUUUCACUAUGACUGUCUAGAAUUGUAAAAGAGUCAGAUCAAUAGACUCAACUACUAAUAAAACUGUUGUAUCCUAAAAGUAUUUAAUUAUUUUAUAUAGUUGUACUGUAUACCCAACUGAGCCUUGUGAUAAUUAACAUUUUCUAACAGAUUUAUAAAAGGCAUAUUUUUAAAAAAUUAAACUUGGAUUUGUUCAAUGUUUCAAUGUAGAAUAAUGGCAGAAAAAUCCCCCUGUAUGAAUAUUUUUAUAAUUUUUAGUAACUUUAAGGUACUGUUUAAGGAACAGUAUAUUAAUAUUUAUAGAUUACGAUUGCUUAGUGUAAAAAUACAACUAAUAAAACUGAUUGUGCCCCAAAAGAAAAUAUAUGGAAAGAACUAUAAUCAGGGUAUUAUGCAGUUCACUUAAUUGAUAAUUUAGUUCAAAUGAAGAAUCAAGGAAGUCCAUUUCAAGAUAUAAUUAAUUUAUAAUAUACAACGUUUUCAAAUGUGACAUCAAAAUCAAUAUUUUAAAGUUUCUAAAUUACUCAAUCUAAAACAGAUACAGGAUAUAUUAUGGAAGAUAUAUAAACAGAAUAUGGAUUAGUUUAAUCAUAAAAUAGAGAAAGUUAGGAUUACUAUAAUAAUUAAUUUAUUGUUCAGCAUAUAAUAAAUUUGAAUUCAAGAUAAGCUUCUUAUUAUAGAGAAUAUUCAAAAUUAUAAGAUAUCUUUGGGAAUGUUGGAGGACUAUGGUAAAUAUUAUUUUUGGCUAUGAGUGCUUUAUUACAACCAGUAACUUCAAACUUAAUGAAUUUAUAAAUGGCUAAUAAAUUAUUUAGAUUUGAAAAUUAUACAAAUGAAGAAGCAUAAUAAAGUUUAGAUUCAUAAGAUGAAAAUAAAGAAAAUAUUAAAAAGUCUGGAUCUCCAACUAAAGUUAAUGUUAGAAGUUCUUAAUAAUUUGAUCUUGAAAUUAGAAAGUCAUAUACAAGUAGACGUUCUCUUGAAAAGGAAAAAUCAGUUUUUGUUAAAAGUCUUGAUAAAGUUAUUAAUAAUAAAUAGAUGAUAGAAUUAUUAAAAAAAAGGAAAUAAUCUUUAAAUUUAUCUAUGAAAGAUAUUAUUAUAAUGAGUUUUGGGUGUAAAAAAAAAGAAAAAUAACUCAUUAAUUAUGCAACUGACAAAUUUAUGAAUAAAUUAGAUAUUGCUAAUUUAAUUUCGAAAGUUUAUGAAAUAGAUAGAUUAAAAUUAAUUCUAUUGAGUGAAUAAUAAUAAAAACUAUUUAAUUAUUUACCUAAACCUAUUAUACCUGAAUCUAUUUUUGGAGAGGAUUUCCUAAAGAAAAUGAGAAUUGAAGAAUAAAAAUAAGCAUAUAAAGUUAUUCUUUAAGAUGAAAAACCAGAAUUUAUGAAAUUACAAGAAGCAUUCGUUGCAUAUGUAAAAAUCUAAUAAAAAGACGAAAUUUCUGAAAUAGAUAAAAAGAUUCUUGAUAUUUUAGAUGAAGAUAUCUUAGAUUUAUUUGAAAAUUUGUAUAGUAACACUUCAAAAUUAGAAAAUAUCUUUUUAGAUAGUCCUAUGAAAUUACAAUUAUAAUUUUCUGAUAUUGAACAUUAAACUCCACUUAAAGAAUUGGAUAAAGAUUAAAAUGAGAUUUAAGGUCCUGAUAAUAUUGAUAAAUGUAAUCAAAGUUAAAAAAAUUAUGAAUCUGAUUUUAAAGAAUAAUAAGAUUAUCAAUCAUAAUUAGAUCAUUAAAAUUCAGAAUUUAAAGAUGAUUAAGAUUAAAAUAAAUUCAUGGAGAAUGUUUCAUUCCAAUAAGAAGAAUAAAAUAAAAAUAAUAUUGAUUAUGAAAAUUAAUCAAAUAAAAAUGAAAAUUUUCUACAAGAUGAAAAAUAAUAAGAAAAUUAAUUAUAAGAUGUUGAAAAAAGGAAAAUAUAAAAUAACAAAAAAUAUUAAGAAAUCGAAAAGGAUAGAAAAGAAAAAGAAUAAAGGUUUAGAGAAUAACAAAAAAAACAAAUGGAAGAUGAUCUUGUAAACUUUGAGUUAUUAAUGAAAGAAAAACAACUUGAAGAAGAAACAAAAAAAGUAGAGGAGAAAAAAAAAAAGCAAGAAUUUUAGGCAUUUUAAAGAAAGGUUUAGUAGAAUUCACUAUAAACAAUUAAUAAAAUUUCUAUUUUAUAACCAAUUUAACACUAAUUUAAAUCCAAUUUUAUAAAUAGAAUUUAAAUUAGUGAAGACAUUUAAAUGAAUAAAAAAGCUUAAGAAUUAGUAUAUAAAUAUAAUGCAGAAAGAUAAGAGUUAUUAGAAUAGUUUUAAUUAAACUUACAAGAGUCAAUUGAUGAAAAAAGUUCUUUAUUUUUAACUAAAAAUAUAAAAACAAUCAAAGAAGUUUAAAAAUAUGAAACAAAUUCAAAUAGAAACAUAUAGAACUCUUUAAAAUUAAAUAAUUAAUCAUCAAUUGGAGAUCUAAGAAAUAAAAAAAAUGAAUCUUAAUUUAAUUUAUGA